AUGUCGUUCACUGCUCUAAGACAUGCCACCAAGACGGUGCGACCCGUUGGAAUGCCAGUAUUGAAAGGAUGCAGAACCAUCAUUACGCCUACAAAAGUCCAGUACACUGCUUCCGCCACUGCAACCGGAGGGGGUCGUACUGGAUCCGUCACGGUCAGCGAUGCCGUCGCCCCACUGAACGCUCCAUUCAAGCUCGCUCUGCCCAAAGCAAUGGGCGGCAACGGUGACGGUGUGAACCCUGAACAAAUCUUUUCAGCUGGGUAUUCGGCCUGUUACUUGGGCGCUCUCCAUGCGGCCGCAAAGAAGGCUGGAAAGGAAAUUCCGAAUGCGAGUGUUGAGGUUUUGACCUCUAUCGGUCCUGAGGAGGUGGGCUUUGCGCUUUUGGUCGAGUUGAAAAUCAAGGGAGUCAAUGAUCAGAGCAUUGUGGACCUUGCUCACAAGAUCUGCCCUUACUCGAAGGCUUUGAAGUACGGCGUUCAAACCAAGUCGACGCUUGUUUAG